UUAUUGCUGGGAAAAAGAAGUAACACAAUAAAUUAAAUUCUGUUCGCAUGGUCCCGCAUAAAAUCAAUAGCACGUCAACAGAUUUUACGUACGGCCUUGGCCUUGGGGCGUUGCUGCCAACGGGCAGUUUCGUAAUGACUCAACUGACGCCCUCGUGCGCAUCGGGCCGCGCGUUUGGUGCGGGGACGUUACGUCACGUCUGCCCAGUUUCCAGUAAGGCUGAGCUUCUGGAGCCCUGGAGGGCGGCUCGUUAUGCGGAUGAGGAGGGCAACGGGAUCGGUCCGUGGAAGUGGUUCAGCAGAGUGGAUUGUUGUUUUUAAACCUACUUAAAUCAGUGACGACCUGAAUCAUGUUUCUCCAGAGCAUUUGGUGGCUUGUGGUAACAUGUCUCUCCGAACAAAUCAGUGAAUGUUUAAAACUUGAUAAUCCCUUGGAAGGAUCUGCCUACAUUAUUCCUGAGUCACCAGUAAUAGAAAAUGGAUCCCAAAUACAAGCAUCCUGCAUUCUUAGUGAAAGUUUUGUGAAAGAACAUGGAGUGGAUGCCAAUCAAAUAUUCUGGAAAUUAAAGGAAAACAGAAUACCAAAAGAGCACUACACCACAGUCAAUAGCACGGUAUCCAAUGUAACACUGACCUUUUCUACUGUUGGGGUUGCACUUCUGACCUGCAAUAUACAGUACAACGAGGAUCAUGUGGGAACUGUCUUUGGAAUACAAGUAACAUCAGGAUUGUUUCCAGAAAAGCCAAAAAAUUUGACAUGCAUAACAUAUUAUAACCGCAAUAUGACUUGCUCCUGGGAUCCAGGAAAAAAGACGUAUCUGCCAACCCAUUACUCUUUUAAAUUGUCAAUUAAACCUGGAGCUGUAGACCGGUAUGAGUUGCAAGAUGGUGUGAACAACUGCUAUGCAAUUUUAUUCCCAUACAUUCAUUAUUUUGUUUUAAAUAGUAUAUCAGUUGAGGCAAGUAAUUCCUUAGGCACUGUAAUAUCCGACCCAAUAAAUCUGGAUCCAGUUGAUGUUAUAAAACCAGAUCCUCCAGAGAUAACUUUGAUAAACCAAGUACCAGGAAUGAGCAGAGUUUUGACUGUGAAUUGGAAAAAUCCAUCUUUGCCAGUUACCUAUGGACUGAAAUACAAUCUCCGAUACAGAAUUCUGUAUACAAAUGAGUGGAUACAGGUUCCAUCAGAGGAUACCAACCUUAAACGAAGUUCUUUCUUAGUUCAAGGUUUGAAACCUUUUACACCUUAUAGCUUCUCAAUUCGCUGCAAGAAUAUUGGUAAUUCUGGCUACUGGAGUGAAUGGAGUGCAGAAAAAAUUAAGAAAACACCUGAAACCUAUCCAUCACGAGGUCCACCCAUUUGGAGAAAAAUUAAAAACCUAGCAUUUCCAAAUCGAGAAAUACGUAUCAUGUGGAAGGAACUUGAUAAGUCAGAUGCUAAUGGAAUUAUUUUGGGAUACCAAUUGAAAAUUAUGCAAAAGGAUUCUUCAGAAGUCCAUAUUGUUAACACUACAGAUCUUGAAUACAGAACUAUCCUUUCACAAAGUGGAUAUGAAAUUUCAUUAAUUGCAAUCAAUUCAGCUGGUUCCUCUCCAAUGUCAGUUUUAAUAGUGCCAGACACACGGGAGUCAGUACGCCAACCUGUACGUAAAUUCAGUGCUUAUAGUCAAGAUGACCAUUUAAUGGUGGAAUGGGAUGCACCCGUAUAUCCAGUUAGCGGCUACGUAAUAGAAUGGUGUGAAGAGUUUGGCAAAGGUUUGUGUCUUAAGUCCAUAUACUGGCAGUAUGAGAAGAAAACUGUGAACAAAGCUUUCUUAAAAGACCAAAUUUCAUCAUACAAGCGUUAUCGAAUAACCAUUUACCCUCUAUAUGGUGGUCGUCCUGGAACUCCGCUUUCAACAUUGGCAUACUUGCAUCAGGAUCGUCCAAUAAAUGGUCCUUCCGUUCAUCUGAAACAUGUGGGAAAACAUGAAGUUGAAUUAGUGUGGAGUGAAAUACCUGUUAAUGAACGGUGUGGCUUCAUCACAAAUUACACCAUAUUUUACAAGAGUGUCAAUUCGAAUGAAUCAAGCUUUGUUGUUGAUCCGUCGCAUCAGCAGUUCGUACUGAAAUCAUUACAGGGUAAUACUUUGUAUGUGGUUCGUGUUAUGGCAUCUACAAUCAAAGGAGGCACCAACAGCUCUGAAAUCAAUUUUACUACUUUAAAUUUUGCAAAAGGUGAAAUUGAGGCAAUUGUAGUACCAAUCUGUCUCUGUUUUCUCCUUAUCACCUUGGGAGCGACGCUACUUUGCUUCAAAAACAGACAUCUAAUUAAAACCUGCGUUUGGCCAAAUGUUCCAGAUGCUGCAAAUAGCAGGAUUGUUGAUUGGUCAUCUAACAAUGGAAACCAUAUCAAGAAUAAUCUAGGCCCAACUGAUCCUGUGAAUCUGGAUGGCUUUAUUUCUGACGUCACUAUAAUUGAAGCUGAUGCCGAUAAUAAAUACUCAUCUAAUGAGGAUGAUAUGAAGCAAUUGUCAUCGCUGAAAAAGGAAAAGAGUACAUCAGGAGAGCAUAGCAGUGGCAUUGGAGGAUCUUCGUGCAUGUCAUCCCCUCGACAAAGUGUUUCUGAUAGUGAUAGUGAGUUGGCACAGAACACAACAAGCAGCACAGUUCAGUAUUCAACUGUACUAGUGAGUGAUACUGGUUACAAGUGCCAACAACCAUCAGGACAAGUUUUUGCAAGGUCUGAAUCAACCCAGCCUCUUCUAGAAAAUGAAGAAAAGCCUGAUGAACAUUCAUAUGGCAAUUUUGGAAGCCGCAGUACAGAAGUAAAAAGACAGUAUUUUAAGCAGAAUUGUCAUGUUGAGGAGCCCAUUUUGAAAGAAGUACCUUCAAAUGAAGGUGAAAUCCUGGGUGAUAUGGAUGAAGGUAGCUCCGUCAGACUAAGUCGAACGGAAAUUUCAGAUCGGAACUCUGAGGAAUCCUGUCCUGUUGUGGAAGACUUUUCAAGCUCUGAUGACCAAACCGUUGUCAAAUUGGACUUGUUGGGAUUUGAUGGAUGUUUAGAAACUGAUCAGCAAAGUUAUAUGCCUCAGGCUGUGAAACACAACAGUUAUAUGCCUCAGUCUAAAUAAGUCUAUGCUUUGUGCUUGAGGUGCAAAAACUUUUAUUUCGGAGGUAAAGUGUCAAAAAUGUGAACCUCUGUUUAAUGUCCACACUUAUCCUGAGUAAGCCUAAAUCAUUUGUAAUUUGAUUAACUAUAGUUAUACUAAGAACAUUGUAUCUGUGUCUUUGAAUAGUGUAUGUAAAAACAUGGACACCAGUUUUUGAGCUUAAAUUAUUUGCUGGUUUCCAGAAAUGACCUGGCCACUGUUUGUGCACACACUGAGCUCUUCUCCGAGCUAUGUACAUGCUUGUGUUACAGGUCCAGCACCAAGCUACACACUUAGUCCUGCUUCCAGUCAUAUUCCUGCUAUUUCUUGCUGUCAGGGAUGUGUAGUGAUGUUGCUCCUUGUAAUUUCCUAAGAAUAGCUGGUUAAGACAGAGUAGUGAGUACAGCCUUUUUGUUACAAUUGUGACCAAGCAGCAUUUCUACUCUGACCUGGUGGGACAUCACUUGGAAGGGAGGGAGUCUUUGGUGACUUCAACAUGAAAGUGGGAAAAAGCACCUCUGGCAACAUGUAAUUGGUAAAGAGUAGGAAAGGCCAACUUUAUUGGUGUCCUUCUGAUGAAAUGAAGCAUGGAUGACAUAACCAGCACUGUUUUGUCAGAGAUGAGUACUAGAAGGUAAGACAGUGAUCCAAUCCUGGGUGCCGCCGUUUGUUGGAAUAUAUCUUCUGAGCAAGAAACCAUCAAAUUGCCCACAGAAUGAAAAGAACCAAUGUUUUGCAUACUGAUAGCAACCUGGUCCCAGAACACCAGUGCCAACAGAGAUGUUGCCGCAGCAGAGGGAAAAAAAAACUUGAAGGUUUCAAGGACUGCAUGAUCACUUGUGGUAAUGCAUGGGGCAGUUCAGCCAUUAAACAUGGACUUUUCUCAUCCUCAGUGAAACCUACAAAGGAAAUUUGUCUCCAUGGUGUAUGUGCUUCAUUAUGGUAUGCAAGCUUGAUCCUAUCCAACAAAUAUAAGAGGGACAGUAUCAAGCAAUACUGUUACAUUGGUAUUGCACUUGGCCUCCAACAAGCUUCCAUUGAAGUAGAGCUUUCAGAUUGGAGACCUGUGAUCAGUAGUAUGCUGCAAGAAGCGAUGCUCGAUCUGUUGUUCUUCAUAAUGGUGAUUUGGAUGAGAAUGGAGUUAGGUUAACUAGUAAGUUUGCAGAUGACACCAAAAUUGGUGGUACAGUGGAAAAUACAGGCUAGCUAAGUUUUCAACAGGAUAUAAAUUAACUUGGAAACUGGGCAAGAGAAUGGCAGAUAAAAUUCAACUUGAACAAUUGCAGGCUAAUUUAUUUUGUGAAGUUAAACCAGGGGAGAAUCAAAAGUGAAUGGCAGAGCUCUGUGUAAUAUUAUUGAACAGAAAAAUCUUAGGGUACAAGCACAUUUCUUCCCUGAAAAUGGAAACAUAGAGGCAACAGUGACCCUUGCCCCUAUUUAUGCCUCUGAGACCUUUAUUAGAAGUAGGUACCAAAAAUGUAGCCACAAUUAUUUUCCAGUCUAAAGGACAGUUUAGUUUUGGUGUAAUUGUGUUGCAAGAAAGAUUACAAUCUUGUAUUAUGACAUUGUGAUCAACUUUUGUUAGGAUGAGAUUUUGAAUGUUACCUAAUGAAUAUUAAUGUUUAAAAUUCUAUAUCUCAUUUAAAGGCUUUGUUUACUAAACUAAUACCGUAUUUGGUUCCAUACACUGUAAUUCUUUGAAACAGGUACGAAAUGUAUUUGGCCUGGAAGGCACAAGUAAUUAAAGAUGUCAAUAACUAUUGUAAAUAAUAUGUACCAACAUUAUCCAUUGGCUGUACGUAAUGCUUUUAUAAACAUUGGAAUCUUUUUCAAAAAAAUAUUCAGUGAAAGUGGCAAGUAUUAAUCAAGAUUUUAACACCUUUUAAUCUAAAGGUGGCCAAAGCACUACAAACAUUUGACUAUAAACUGGGUUCAGAGUAGAGAAGAAGCCAUAUUUGCACUUGUACCGCUAUUUGCCUCUUUUUUAAAAAAAAUAUGCAAUCUUAUAAUACAUGCCUUAUUUGGGCUGGGUGAAAAUACAAGAAUGCAAAUUGUAAAGACUAAUUUGAGUUGUGAGCUUUGUGUUAAGUAAAGUGCGGUAGUCCAAAUUCUCCCAAACAGGGCAACGUUUUGAGACGCCUGCCAACCAACAGUGAUGGUGAAGUCACUGUCUAUGCAUGGAGUAAGUUUAGAAAAGUUUGAAUGUAGAUUCAGGUGAGCUUAAAGGAUGCAUGCCAUUUAAUAUAAUCCGUUCUACAAUAUUUUAAUCAAGUUCUGAACAUCACAACCUAAUCAAUUGUCAUAUUAUACUAUUCACUCAUACCUGCAAACCUCUUGCUCUAAGCAUGUGCUAUAAACCAAAGUUUUUCAAUUAUAAAACACUGCUAAUAGUUGGUUCGUGAGAAUUCCAAAACUCAUGAAAUUGAUGAUUAUGAAAUUUAAGUUUACUGAGCAGCAAAUGCAGUUUUACAAGCAGUAGUUCGGUCUUUUCAGUUUUAGUUGGAUUUGAACCUUACUAAUUUUGCCAGAGUCAAAAUACGAUUGUUCAAGUUUUCAUGGUGUUGCUUUUCCUUUUCAUGAGCAAACUCUGUUAUCCAUAUUUCCUGCCUUCAAAACAUUUAAAAAAAUUAAAGAAUCUCUGCCUGAAAUGCUGCUGCACUAUACAAUCUCUCUGGAAGAGCAAUCUUGUCAAUCCUGCUGUUUGUUCCCCACAACUUGGCAGAUAUUCUCCCUCAAUUAGACUUUAAAAGUCAAUGAAAUUUGUUUCUUUGUAUUAAAUGAGAAAAUGUGAUAUAAUUGACAUUUUUAAAUAUAUGUGUCACUGACUAUAUGGUAACAAAUAGCCCAAACAGGACAUUUUCUUUAUUGCAUUUAAAGGUAUAUUGGAAUAUUAUGUAAAUCAUCUCUCUUCACCUAUUCUUUAUUUCCAGGGGAUUGAAUAAGUUCCUGAAAAGAUUAUACUCCAAACUAAAAAUAUGCAUAAACGUGGUAAUGGGCUGUUAAGGGAACAAUGUAUAAAGACUAUUCUAUUGCUUGUUGUUUUUCAAUAAUUGUUAGAAAUAGUGGGUGGCACCGCAAUAUAGUGGUUAGUGUAACACUUCAGUUACAGUUCAAUUCUGCUACUGUGCAUAAGGAGAGAUUUUUUUCCCAUGACUGCAAAGGUUUCUUCCCACAGUCCAAAGACCAACAGUUAGUUAGUUAAUUAGUCACGUCAUGUAAUUGGGUGGUGUGGAUUCAUUGGGUCAGAAGGGCCUCUUACCAUACUGUAUCUCAAAAUAACAAAGAACCAGAGGCAAAAAAGCAUUUGUAUAAGUAUAAAUUAUUUUAAGUCAUCCAGUAAUUAUUUGUAUUUAUAUACAGUGUAUCACAAACACAAGUGGAGCUUGAGGAUAGAAAUAAGUAGUUUGGAGGUAGUAGUGUGCUUUGAAUAGAUCUGCCAAUAAUGUGAAAAGGAAAAAUAAUACAUGAAAUCUGAAAUGGCAAAUGCUGGAGGCAUUUUUCAGGUUGGGCAGCGUCUAUGGAGAGAGAAAAAAAUGUUAAAUUUUAUGGUCAAAGACCUUUCAUCAAGUAAUCAUCAAUGAAAGGAUAUGAAUGAAACAUUAACCUUGUUUCUCCCUGCACAGAUGCUGCCUGAUCUGGUAAGUAGUCUAGACAUUUUGUGCUUUUUUUUCUGCUAGCAAUGUGCUUGUAUUCAACACAAGUCUUAUUUUAUGUUUAUUUUUAUAAAUGCCUAACCAUAUAGUGCAGGAGCAAGAGCUUGGGUUUUGAAAACUCAUUGUUAGUAGUGGUGAAAAUGUGUAUUUGAGGAGCUGUCAUACUGCCAAGGCCAAGAUGGUCAUUAUCUUGAUUUUGUUUUCUUUUAAAAGAUUAAACAGGAAAAUUAAGUGGAUUAGUUAAUUUUGGCUUUGACUAUUUUUGUAUAGGCUUUAAGGUACGGAUGUGGCUGCCAUAUGUUUAUACUGUAGGUAUUAUUUGUCAAUGAUCAGGUCAAAUAAAAUUCUGUAUAUGAUUUGCUUGGUUUGUAUUUAUAAUGUAUUUACCUACUUGUUGAAAGCAUGUUUUCAUGCUUGAUUUCAAGACAACCUUUAUGGCUAUGUAUUAUUGCACUCUUAAAUGUAAAGUCAUUUUGAGCAUAAUUAACAUUCAAUGAUUUUUUUUUCUUUUUGGAUAUGGCUAAAAGGGUAAUCUUCUAAACUCCUGUUCAAACUUGGGUAACAAAAUACUAUGAAAUAAUGAGUAAACUUAAGUGGAGAGAUGACAAUCAUUUAAAUCUUAAAAAUUGGACAAUUAAUCAUAUCGCAGAUAUAUUCUGCUUCUUAAAUUUAUUAUCUGGUUCUUUCAACUUGUAUGCCAAUAUUUGGCAAUGCUUAUAUAAAAUAAAGAAACAUGGCAGUAAAAUCAUUGUAACGUAAGAUGAAAUUAAAAUAGAUUGCGAUUUUCAGUUGAUUUGCAAAACUAGGCAAGACUACUAAAUGCAUGCAUCUUUGUCAUUUGUGUACUCAUUUUAAUAUUGCUGCUUCCGUCCCAUUUACUAAUGUUUGAUAUAUCAACAAUUCAUGUAAUGCAGUAUUUUAAAUUCCCAUUACUGAGCACUGGGUAAAAAAUAUUUUUCAUUAAUUUUUAUAUCUCAUUAGUGAUCGUGUGUAUGUAAUCUUUUUUGUAAUUAAAAAUAAAACCUCUCUUAUCAACCUUC